AUGAAUGGUCACUUAGUGUUUGCAAUGCAUAGUAAUGUUAAACAUGCAAAAGUCUAUUCAAUAACUAUAGAUAAUCAAACAAUUCCAAGUUGUAUCUCAGCAUCAAAAAGUUUAAGACAACAAUUACAAUAUUUAUCAACAAAUCCAAUACACCCGAAUUACUUAGAUAAAUUUGCCACUAACGAUUACUUGGACAAUGUAACAAACUCAUUAACCAACUGUUAUAGCCAGUAA